AUGGAUAACGCAAAAAAUCAAGUUAGAGGCCUAAAUCAACUGUUUUGGAAGAAGAUCUUCGUUCUAAAAACGAUACCAUAUUCUCCACAGUGCAAUGCCAUCGAAAGAUCGUUUUCACAAGCGAAAGCAUACGUUUCUAGGUUAUAUUUUAACAGAUUGUUGUUUGCGGAGCGAUUGACAAUAGUAAAGAAUAACCUGUUAGAGAAAAGGUAUCAAGAGUUGAUUGAGCAGACAAUUAACAAACACAGUGCUGCAGCAAUCGGAGAUGUUUAUGAUGCAAGGAAUUUGGAAAUUGAACUGAGAAACUUGGAAACUCAACAUGAAAGAGAACGUGUACACAUUAAUGCAGAAACCACAAAUCCACUUGUUGAUAAAAUUGAUGGUGCGGUAUUCAUAGAAUUGAUACAAAAUGCAUUUUCUGUUGUGUCAGAACAAAACUGUACCAAUUAUCACGUUCACACGUUGAAAGUUGCUUUUUGUUGUACUCUUGAAAUUCCACUAGAAAACGAUGAUAAAUUUACACACAAUGUUAAGAUAACCGAUCCUGUAUUAUCUGCAAUUAUUGAUUCAUAUUGUGAUAAUUGA